GGGGGGAGCAACCCCGGAAGCGGAAGUGAGCCGCGGGGUUGGCUGACGGUAACGGGUUGAGAAGCUGUUCGCAGAGCGAGUUGAAGAUGAAUGCCAGAGGACUUGGAUCUCAGCUAAAGGACAGUAUUCCAAUUACUGAACUUUCAGCAAGUGGACCUUUUGAAAGUCAUGAUCUUCUUCGAAAAGGGAUUUCUUAUGUGAAAAAUGAACUUUUGCCCAGUCAUCCUCUUGAAUUAUCAGAAAAAAAUUUCCAGCUCAGCCAAGAUAAAAUGAACUUUUCCACACUGAGAAACAUCCAGGGUCUAUUUGCUCCAUUAAAACUACAAAUGGAAUUCAAGGCAGUGCAGCAGGUUCAGCGUCUUCCAUUUCUUCCAAGCUCAAACCUUUCAUUGGAUAUUUUGAGGGGUAAUGAUGAGACUAUUGGAUUUGAAGAUAUUCUUAAUGACCCGUCACAAAGUGAACUAAUGGGAGAACCACAUUUGAUGGUUGAAUAUAAGCUCGGUUUACUGUAAUGCAGUGUGCUGUUCAUGGAACUAGAGGGGCUGCAUCUUGUUUAUAGU